CAACAGAGUAAAAGCGACAGUUGAGGCUGACAGAUGGUCACAUGGGGUGAGGAGUUACUAUAGCAACCACUGACCAAUCACAGAGCAGCGACCUCAACCUGAUUGGUUGAAAGAAGAAGAAGAAGAAGAAUCAGGAAGUGUUUUCCUUCCUCACUUCCCCACUCUGUCCGACCUCAGAGCCGCGACCUCCGGGAGGAAAACCGGGUUAUCAGCAUCACUUUCCCGCGUCUGGAGCGCGUUCAUCUCGGGCCUCCGCCAUUCCACGCUUUUUCCCUCGCGGUUUCACAGGACAGCUCUUGUUUUCCCGGAAGUACCGCGUGACUACACCGAGCGGAUUCAGCACUAUGGCUGCCUACAAGCUGGUGUUGAUCCGGCACGGAGAGAGCUGCUGGAACCAGGAGAACCGCUUCUGCGGCUGGUUCGACGCCGACCUGAGCGACACCGGCAUCCAGGAGGCCAAGAGAGGCGGCCAGGCGCUGAAAGAAGCAGGUUACGAGUUCGAUGUGUGCUACACGUCUGUGCUGAAGCGGGCCAUCAGGACGCUGUGGUUGGUGCUGGAGGGCAUCGAUCAGAUGUGGCUUCCCGUGCAUCGCACCUGGCGUCUGAACGAGCGCCACUACGGCGGCCUGACGGGGUUAAACAAGGCUGAGACGGCGGCCAAGCACGGAGAGGAGCAGGUGAAGAUCUGGAGACGCUCGUACGACAUCCCUCCGCCUCCCAUGGGGCCCGAGCACGACUUCUACUCCAGCAUCAGCCAGGACCGUCGCUAUGCCGACCUGACGGAGGACCAGCUGCCGUCGUGCGAGAGCCUGAAGGACACGAUCGCCCGCGCUCUGCCCUUCUGGAACGACGAGAUCGUCCCGCAGAUCAAAGAGGGCAAGAGGGUGCUCAUCGCCGCCCACGGCAACAGUCUCCGCGGCAUCGUCAAGCACCUGGAGGGUAUGUCAGAGGAGGCCAUCAUGGAGCUGAACCUGCCCACAGGAAUCCCCAUCCUGUACGAGCUGGACAAGAACCUGAAACCUGUUAAGCCCAUGCAGUUCCUCGGGGAUGAGGAGACCGUGCGCAAGGCCAUGGAGGCUGUGGCUGCUCAGGGCAAGGCCAAGAAAUAGAGAGAGAUGGAGGGAGAGAGAGAGAGAGAGAGGGAGGGAGAGAGAGAGAGAGAGAGAGAGAGAGAGGGAGGAGGAAGAAGAAGAAGAAGAAGUAGUGUGGGAGGAAAUGAUGGGAGAGGGAGAUUUAUCAAACACGUGUUUAGUCAUUAAGAUCCUUACAGGAUGUCGUCUGGGUUUCACACAAGGCUCCGUGACUACUUUAUGAGAAAUUAUUUAUUCAGAAUUCAGAGCAAAUUUCAGAAAAUAUUCCUCAGCAGUAUUAAACGGUUGAACCCCCGAGUGACCCGAGACAUCCUCGUGCAUUUAAAGCACUGCAUUUUCUGCCCGCUUCAAUAGAACACACUCGGCUUUGCUCAGUAGUGAAAGCUCUACGGCAACUGUAUCCAGGCAACGGCACUUAACGGACGACGGGCCAGCGGAUAAAUCCAGUGUGUGUGUCUGUGUGUGUCUGUGUGUGUCUGUGUGUGUCUGUGUGUGUCUGUGUGUGUGUGUGUGUGUGUGUGUGUGUGUGUGUGUGUGUGUGUGUCUUUUGUAGAAAAGAAUCCGAAUGCGCUGUGUUCCAAAUUGCACCGUGACUCACACUGAGCAUCGCACGCCCACAGCAUGGCACUUAAAAUACACACACACACACACACACACACACACACACACAAUCAGAGCAUCUAUCGUUUUACAGAUUCUCCCCUGGAGUUAAGCGUGAGGACCAAAAGUUAUCAUUCCUCACUUUUAGUAUUUUGAAGAGUGCUUUUGUCUCAGCUUCUGAACUUGUGUGUGUGUGUGUGUGUGUGUGUGUGUGUGUGUGUGUGUGUGUGUGUGUGUGUGUGUUACUUGGUGUGUAAAUCUGAUUGUAUCUAAAUGUCAUCGUCCGGAAAUAUUCUAUAUCAAUGCGAUAUCCCAAGCGUAGGUGUUAUAUGAUGCCUCGAUUUAUUUUUGUCUGCUGUGAACCUGCACUGGAGUUUGUGUGUUAACAUUUAAUAAACGUGGGCUGAAAAGAACAA